UUGCUCUUGCUGACGAUGUAGGCAGUCGAGAGAAAACAGUCGUGAUCACCUCACAUACGGAGUGCGUGCGCGCGCGCGAUAUUUUACCGGAACGACAACGACGACAGCAGGCGACGAACGGCCGCCUCGAGCUCUCUGCAACUAUUCGGUUCGAUCGCAACCGCUAGGCUGGUCCUAAGUUUCGUUCCCAAAACCUUGGAGCCUAGCAGCGACUCGUCUACGGUGUGUCCGAUCGCGCCAUUGUCCCUCGCGCGUCUCUAGGUUUCGCACAAACGUUCGCGUAAUCCAGCCGGAUCAUCCGCGAAAGUGUCUUCACGUUCGGCACGGCUUUCAUGGUGUAUAGUGAAACGAAAAACAAUGUUCAUCGGUGCGUGCUAUUCUUUCCACACCGGGCGUGUUUUACAGAGGACCCGUAUUCUGUAGCAAACUAGCCGUUUAAAAUUGGCGGAUCUCCUCGCGCAUUGCGGCGCAGGGAAAUGCUGUUGUGGAAAGUAUUAAUGUUACUGUAUUGAAGAGGAGUCGUUCGUGGAAAUUGUUUUAACGAGUAUAGUUGGCAAAGGUGGAACCGAUCCCGUUUCGAUUGUGUCAAAAGCAUCAAAUUAAAGAAAACGCAAUGAAAUGAUGAUGCAGCCAGUGAAGGUGCAAUACAUUUAACUUCAUUCGCACAUCCCACGUACAACGGCAGGCUACAAAAAAGUGUUUUGAGUGCAAUUGAACCUGCAAAUAAAGCAAAGUUUAAACUGCGGUGAAAUACUCCAACAAGUGGUUACCUAAUUUGCUGGCAAAAAUCCUCAACAUCAUCAUCACAGUUGGUCGGUGCUAAUGAUCGUGCGCGUUUGUAAAGCAAGCGCAGAAAAGUGUGAUAGAGCAGGCCAGUAUUGCAAACGCAACUGCGUUCUGUGAGAACGACGUGAAUGCGAAAAUCCCAGAAAAGUGUAUUAAACCCGGCAUGUAAAGCGCUUCGAUUCGUAUUGAAACGCUAACCAAAAUUUCGUCGCAUGUCCCUGCGCGUGUAUAAGUGACGCUUCGAAAAACAAUCACGGACGCUCAGGCCCUUCAGCAACCGUUCCGAAGCGUGCUGCCCGAUGGCAUCGUUCUCUAAUGCCGCGUCGCUGUUUUCGGUGACACACUAACGCAUGGUAAUACCGUGUAACGUUUCGAAUGAAAUCGGUAGUGCGAAAGCCGCUCACCGCCAGCCAGAUGCAAAAUAGACAUCAAUACCCAUCGCGUCAGCCCGAUCCUUCCCAACCCAACACCAAACUCAGCCACUAGGAAGCAUUAUCACAUUCCCAUCAAACGUAGCGACAACAUUAGUGUAUCAAAGACGAGAAUCCAAAGAUAGUGUGGAAACUACAAAUAUUAGCAACAGUAGUAGUAGCAAUAGUAGUCGUAGUAGAAGGUGGUAAGCAGUCUGCCUGCAAACGACAUUCCAUUACAAAAUAGAUUUUUUGGUGCAACGCUUACGGUUGCACUAAUCAUAUACUACAGUAGAAAUUUCAAUUCACGCACGAGAGGGUUCCCGGAGGAGCUCCAUUGAAUAUUCCACAUUUCUACGUUGUGACCGGAGUACGAAAAGCAGUGUUUAAAUGCUUGGAGUUAGAAUGCUGAUGCUGCACUAUAGCAAACACGGCGAGUGCAUACUCCAGGAAAUUGGUGCAGCAUUUCGCGGAGAGCAUGCGACGGAUCUGCUACUCAUCUGUGAUGGCAAGGAGACUGUGCGAGCACACAAGUUGGUACUGGCGGCUGCCAGUCCACUCAUACGAAUGAUUUUGGAAGAGACUCCAAUGCUGGAGGGCGAAACCACCGUUUACUUCCCGGAUGUGCAGGUGUGUUAUUUCCGGCUGCUACUCGACUUCCUGUACUCCGGGCAAGUGUACGUGCCCGCAAACGAGGUGCACCACCUGCAAGAUCUCUUAGCGUUACUACAAAUUAAGCCCAGCAUCUGGAAAAACUCGGACUGCUCCAACGACAGUGAAUCGCAAAAGUCAGAACCCUUGGUAGAUAUCAACCGGAAUGAGGGUAUCGGAGCACUGGAUCAUCGUCGGAGGCGCACAAAGAGCCAGGAUCAUACGGGUUCGCGCGACGCCAGUCCAGCCAGCCGAAGGAUAAACGUUAAACGAGAGCAUCAUUCUGCGGGCAGCUCGGAGGAUGGUGGUGACCGUGAGGACACCGAUUACAUGGACGAGGUCGAUGAGGCGAUCAUCAAGAGCAACAACAACUUGCUACAAAUCAAUCGGCACGACGAAGAUGACGGUGGCGGAAGUGCAACCGGUGGGGGUGGGAGUGGUAUCGCGGGCGACGAAGCGGGCAGUACUGCCGGGGAGGCAAGGAGUGAAUCGAGCAGCAGUCGUGGGGGUGAUGUGACGGUUGAAGCUUCCGGCUCGUCGAACGUCGAUCGGCGAACUCCCUCGGCAAGGCACAGCGGUGAAGGCAGUGGCUGUGAUCCCGAUCCGGAAGACGACGAAGAUUUUGAGCUGGACGUGGAAGACCGCGACAUGAUGGAUGAUGGGGUGCGCGCUCAGGCGAUCAGUCGAACGCCCAACAGUGCCGGUGGCAGUGAUACGUUGCGCAGUCGGAGACGCAGCUCGUCCGAUCCUGUCAAUCUGUCCAUCGUAAAGCAGCAGCAGCAGCAGCAGCAGCAACAGGAUGGAGAUUCAGAUGACGCAAACAUCGAUGUCGAAACGAUAGGCAAUGCACCGACGAAGAAUCUGCUUCCUCCUCGAUACUUGGAUCCGUUUCGUACCAAGCGGAAAGCGUACUACAUACAUUCCGAUGCCGAAUCGCUGAAGCCACUCGAGCACGAACUGCUGCACGGUUCGCCGGACAACUAUGUCGUGACUCCGCACCGGAAGCGACGGCCCGGAUUUCACAAUUCGCCGGCACAAAAUCCACCCUUCGUGCCGAGCUAUUUGGAGGAUAUUCGGACACGCAAGUGCUUCCUCUCUGCACCGCCGACGUACCUGCCAGAUGCACGACCCGGUUCACCUGGUACCCCUCGUCCCACCGACAUUGCGGCGCUCGGUAACAACCAUUCGUCCAGCAAUAACAACAACAACAACAACACAAGCAGCAACAACAACAAUCGGAUACGUCCGCCCAGCGCGGACAACAAGCUUGCGGUUGCGCCGUUCGUCUAUCCUUGGCCGUCCGCUGCACUGGCAGCAUUGCCUGGUGGGCCGGCGGAUUUGCUGGCGGUGCCGUACUUACAUGCGGCCAGUGCCAACACGGACACCAAACCUGCCGAGCUGAUCCAGCAGAUGAAAAACUUUGAAAGCAGCCAGGCCGAAGCAGUACUCAGUGCCCGUUUGGGCGGUGGGGGUAGCGCAUGCAGUGGCAGUGGGGCUAGUGCGGCCAGUAGCCUCGCCGGCACCGGUUCCGGUUCCACGGCCAGUGGUGGCGGUGGAACGGUAGGAGGCGGACUGAGCAGUGGCAACACGCCGGUACGCGAGUAUCGUUGCGAGUACUGUGGCAAACAGUUUGGCAUGUCCUGGAACCUAAAAACGCAUCUGCGGGUGCACACGGGCGAAAAACCGUUUGCAUGUCGGCUGUGCGUGGCAAUGUUUAAGCAAAAGGCACAUCUGCUAAAGCACCUUUGCUCGGUGCAUCGGAACAUCAUCAACUCACCGGAAGCGGGCGGACGGUAUACCUGCUGCUUCUGUACACUGUACUUCGAGACGCUGCAGGAGCUGGUCCGCCAUCUUUCCGGGCAUCAUAACAACCUGCUGCUGAGUAAAAAUCUGCACGAAUGAUACGCAAUGCCACCGGUGGUGAUGGCACUUUCCGGCUCCGAUCGCAUCAACCAUCACACUACGAUCGAUCAUCGGGUACCGAUCGCCAAUUACGAGCAGAGCUAUCUGCGACGUUACUUUCAGCGUCACCAUCGGUUCGAACUGUACGCGUCACUGUAGCUCCUUGCCGUAUUGAAUCCAUCGGUCACAUUCGAAGGCGAGGGUUUAACGAACGUUGUUGAUGCGACAUUCGGUCAACGUACGGAAAGGUAAUCUUAUCGAAGCAAUAUGAAAGCAACUGAAGAGGAGAGGUAUACUGAACAAAAUUUUUGUUUUUGGUAUUUUGUUCCUUCCUCUGUAGAGGUAUACUGAACAAAAAACCACAAAUACUCCGUCAAUUCAUUCCACUAAAGCGAGAAGAGCCAUAAUAGCAGAUUAGUGAGCAGAAGUAACAGUAGUAACGGUAUUGGCUACCAUCCCGCUCGAACGCAUCGAUACUUAGCAAAAGUUUGCGAGUUUUGCCUUGAUUUUCCACAGGAAGAUUGAACAUUUCAAAACUCGAAAGCUGCUUGUUAGUCAGAAACGCGUGCGACAUAACCCCCUUCACGAAGGAGAGCAGAUUUUUAGCUGUCCGUUUUUCUUUUGUAUCGAUGUUGAUACUGUUUGGUGAGUGUAAAUGUAACAAUGACGAGUUAGUAGUAGCAAGAGUUGCCAAACUGCAGCCACCACGUGUCGAAUGUGAGCGGCGUAUCUACCGACCGUCUGUUUGGGAUACUAGUGUAUACGCCUCAACUGCACUUGAUUGAGCAGUGAAUUAGAACAACCUUUUGAAACCAUAGAACAAACACGACGGGAUACGAUGGUUAUAGUACUAAAGCAAAAAAAAAAAAAAUAUUCCACAUCUUGUACAUUUCACAUGAUGGCAUCGUGCCAACUAUUUCACUUCCCAAUCGCCUGGUUUAAAGGAGGUACCAUACCUCGUAGCAAACUCCUCUACUUUGAUUUUCUCUUCUGGUGUUGCUUUUUCUAUUGUUUUGUGCAGAUUAAUUGAUGAUUUGUUCUACCAUUUUGCAAACCAAUGCGAUACAUCAAACAGCGAAGAGAGGGUGUGGUCCAUUUUAUUUAUUUUCGAAUCGAUUCUGCGUUGUCGUUCGGUUGAUACCGAUGUUUGUUACUGAAGCACAAAGUAUACUUACUUUGCAUUUCAAUCGCAACAAGGGUGACACGUUUUGCCUUAUCAAAUGAAAAAGGCGAAUCCAUCUUCCCUAUUUUCCCCUCUAACCAUUCUUUAUCAUGAGCCCAUGUUUGCUUGAAUUAAACAAAAAAAAACAACAAAAUAAUAAUCUGCACCAUAAUAUUAUCCUAUAUGUUGGUGCACAAACACAAACGUUGUACUUACAGAGUUGGAAAAUACUCCCAAAAGCACAAAUGAACCCUCUCUUCAAGACCCAAAGCACAAAGCCGAGCCUUAUACACAGGGUUCUUUGCUGUACAAAGGAGCAGGUCUCGUAAAUAUUUUUGUACCAGCAAAAGCAUGUUGAUCGCAUGCAAUUCUUUGUGUAAUACUCAUCCCGCCUUUUCGUGUACUUUUUGAAGCACAAAGCUGUCCAGGACGGUUGAAGGACGUUUAAAAAUUUUCUUAUAAACAUAAAGUUUUUUAGGUAAAAAAAUCACCACCAGUUUGUUUGUUUAUUUUUGUUUUGUCGUUCCAAUCGCACAAAGGUGGUGCGUACAUUAUUAUUUUGAACUUUCAAUGCGCUUGUUAAAUGGUUAAUGUGUUCUUUUGCCCAUCGACAAUAGUGUGAUGGUUGGCAAACAAAUUACAACACGAAUUGAACUAAAAUGCCGCAAACUGUGAACACCGCGUAUAAAGUAAAUACGGUAGCACUAUGCUGUAAAACAUGAAUUAAGAAAGCAAAAAAAAACAACAAACAAACAAAAAGCAAACCACAACAAUACUUAAUACAAUACGCGUAAUUUGUUAGUAGCUUACUAUUCAAACACACUCAUGUGUGCGAAGAAUGUGCGUGUGUGAUUUGUGUGAAGGGAAGACGUUGAAACGAUUUGUUAUUAGUAAACAGAUGGUACAAAUUAUAAGUAUAGUGCAAGUAGUAAGAAACUUCUAAAUGGCUAGCGAAUUCGGCAAUAAUAA